ACGUAGAGUUGAAUAUUUAAAAAAUAUAUAAUAUUACAAUAUAUAACAAUAAUUAAUAUUAUUUUUUAAAUCUUAUUAGAAGCGGACAUAUAACCAUCUGUUAAUAUUCCCGAAAUAUUACUCAAUAUUAAAUAAUAUUACGCGCUUACGGAGAAAGCUAAGAGCGAAACUUUGCCGAACCGAUCAUUCUUUUCGCAUCAAUUUCAUGAAGAGACGCCCACGUGCGAGAAGUUUCGUUGUGCGCUUCAUUGUCUGUUCGUCUUGAUUCGAACGCUAACAAUUGUAAAUAGACAGAAACUGCUGGAGGGAAGCCGCUCGUUAAUACCCAUCAAUCCCGCGACGUCAAGGUUCUCCGCGCGCAAAGAUCACUAUCAGAUUCAGUAAACAGCGUUUAAGAUGCGCUUAAGGAAAACGCGUCAAUCAUUCGUGGGAGGACUCAGCGAGCGAAAUUAAGCGAAGCUACUCUUCGGUCUCUGUAUUUGUACGGAGCUUUAGGGAUGUACACGGGCGUGUACGCGAUAAGAAUCCAAAAGCGCGCGCGGUAGAGUUUCGCUGCGACCGAGAGAGAUCACGCGCGCGUAUCUCGCGUGUAAAUUAUUUCCACUUGAGAGUUGAGUCGCACGCGGCGAGUGCGGACGGCGGAUUCGUUGCUUUUUCUACGAGUGAUAUUCACCGUUUUCCGUAUUUUGAAUGAUGUCCGUGGCUGCGAAGGCAUCCGAAGUCGAGGAAUGCUCACGGCCGACGAAGCGGAAGUGUCCUUCCGCGAUGGCCAAGCACAUGCCGAUACUCGGCUGGUUACCGCAAUACAGCCGAAUGAAGGCCAUGUCGGAUCUCAUCGCGGGCAUCACUCUGGGCCUCACUAUGAUCCCGCAGAGUAUAGCUUACGCAGCGCUGGCCGGCCUAACGGCCCAGUAUGGCUUGUAUUCUUGUUUCGUGGGCGGUUUUUUGUACAUCGUCUUCGGCACCAUCAAAGAAGUUUCAAUCGGCCCGUCGUCCCUGAUGGCUCUCAUAACGCUGCAAUACACGCGGGACAUGCCAAUUGAGUUCGUAGUGCUUCUGUGUUUCCUAGCCGGAUGCGUGGAGCUCUUGAUGGGCGUAUUAAAUUUAGGAUUUUUGGUAGAUUUUAUAUCGAUACCAGUAACGUCGGGCUUCAUCUCGGCGACGUCGAUGAUUAUAAUUAUCGCCCAGUUGCAGGGCCUUCUGGGAUUGAAAUACAGAUCGGUUAAUAUCAUCGACAAUUUGUACAAGUUGUGCAAAAACAUCGGCAACAUCAGACUGCCAGAUCUUGCUCUCGGUAUCUGUAGCAUCUUGUUUCUUCUGCUUUUCAAAAAACUGAAAGACAUCGACUGUCCUUGUGGGGGAGACAAGAGAAGCACUUCUAAAAACUCAGUAAUGAAGAAAAUACUGUGGUACUUCUCGAUUGGUAGGAAUGCUCUUAUUGUUUGCAUAACAACUGUGAUAGCUUACCGACUUGAAACUACAGGAUCCGCUACGUUUAGACUAUCAGGAAAAAUCGAGUCUGGUCUGCCAACAUUGUCGUUACCGCCCUUUUCAGCACAAGUGGGCAAUCAAACUUACACGUUCCUCGACAUGUGCGUCCAUUAUGGAUCGGGCUUAGUGAUACUCCCUAUCAUAUCAGUCCUGGCGAACGUGGCGAUAGCUAAAGCAUUUGCAAUGGGCGCGAAUGUAAACGCCACGCAAGAGAUGCUGACACUCGGCCUCUGUAACAUAGUCGGAAGCUUCGUAUCGUCGAUGCCGUCCACCGGUGCAUUUACAAGGAGCGCAGUCAGUAAUGCCAGUGGCGUGCAAACGCCUAUGGCUGGUUUAUAUUCUGGUACUAUGGCGUUGCUGGCACUGAACUAUUUAACGCCAUAUUUUUAUUAUAUUCCACGCGCCACGUUAGCGGCAGUGCUGAUAACCGCGGUGAUAUUCAUGAUCGACCUGAAGAUCAUAAAGUUGCUCUGGAAAGGACGUAAGAUGGACGCCGUUGCGGCGAUAGGUACCUUCUUAAGCUGCUUAUUCAUCAGCGUCGAAAUUGGGCUGCUUCUGGGCAUUUUCUUCAAUCUAGUCUUCUUCAUCCGGCCAUCAGCGAGACCAACUGUUCAAGUUAUCAACCGUAAGACUGACUUAGGAAAUAAGUACGUAAUGUUGGAGCUCGACACAUGUUUAUAUUAUCCCGCGGUAGCUUCCUUUAUUGACAAAGUGAUGACUAUAGUAAGAAACGAGGGAAGCGAUGUGUCGUUGAUCGUGAAUUGUGAAAGAUUCGUCGACAUCGAUUACACUUCAAUCAAGGGAAUCGAAAUGCUAUCGACAAGGCUGAACCAUAAGAUAAAUCGAUUUUGGCUGCUGAAUCUUAAUUCCGACAUCGUAAGACGUAUCAAUAUACUCGCCGAUAACAAAUAUAUUCGUCUGAUCGGAAAUGAAGAGAAUAUCAAGGAUGUUCUUCAUGAGAAUGAUGCGUUGUUAUCUAACGGAGAGUUUGAAAACUCUAUCGAUGUAGGAAUGAAGAAAAUGGUAGAGAUAAAAUACUCGAGUCAUGAGGAUUUUUUAAAUUUGAAUCCGCAACCGGAGAACUCUGAAAUCAUUGCCGAAGACAUGACAGCAAUGUUGCCCACCAAAUCAAGAAUACAAUAACCACACGAGAGCAACUUGGUUCUAAUUAAAUUAAAUUUAUAAUUAUGGAUAUAGAGAUAAUUAUAGAAACGAUUAUAUCUAUAAUAAAAAUUCCAUAUUUAAAAGUUUAGAACGAAAAAUGCGGAAACAUUUAAUCGUAAGUUUAAAUAAAUACACAUAGAUAAAAAUAUAUAUGAAAUGAAUAAGAUAUUUGAAAUUCUUCAAAAAUGACACGAUAAGUCUGGUCGUAAAUAAAUCAUUAUUUGUUGAUAAUUUCUUGUCUAUUUGAAAUUUUUUCUUAUACAUAAUCUUAUUUCUUCACGGAAGAUUCAAGAUUUCUACAGGAAAAAAAUACCCAACGAGAAAUGACUUAUUGAAUUGAUAUCGAAAAUAUAUAUCAAAUAUCGGUUAAAAUAUUCAUCGAUUUCGAUGCAUUUCUAUUACAACUUUUAAUGAAUUUUCGACCCUCAAAAUAAUUCAAUUUCAACUCAAUGUCAAUGAUUCAAUUUCGAUUCAAUAUCAACGAUUACGUACAGAUUAUCGUGCCCCUCCGAUGCUACCAAUGAUAACAUUUUUUUCUUCAAAUGCCUUGUUUUCGACAUAUUUAACCGUUUCAGGAUUUUUGGAACACACUAUAGAUCGCAUACCGCAAGUCUAUUAAUUUAGGAUCAAAAUAUAAUGGGGAAAUAUUUAUUACGAUCUUUUUA